GUUUUUUGGUGUUUUUAGAAAAAAAAAAAAAAAGAGAAGACGGUCGAACGAGGAAGAGAGAGAGAAAGAAAGAACAGAGAGAAGACCAAAAUCCGAAAUUCAGAGCAAAACCCAAAAACCCAAACCCAUUACUCUCUGAAAUCUGAUUCAGAAUCAUCUCCACAACCAGCCAAAUUCAAACCAUCUUAUGUUCUUUUCUAACUUCAUCACCACCGAUUCUUAAUCGGAACAAUCAAUCAAUUUCAGAAGAAGAAGAAGAAGAAGAAAGGUGAUUGAUUGAUGUGUUUAAUUUCAGAAUCUUCGUUCGAAUUGCUUCAAGCUCAGAGCUUCAAUCAAUUAAUUAAGUGAUUUUAUAUUAGUGAGUGAGUGGUGCAUGUGACGAAGAAAUUGGAUUAUUCUUUUUAAUUAAUUGAUUGAUUGAUGAUGAUGAUGAUGAUUAUGAUUAUGAUGAUAGAUCUUAGGGAUUGUGAUGGGAUUGUAAUCUUGUGACGAACACAAAAAGAAGAUUGGUUAUCUGAAUGAUGGGAUUAGAGUCAGUUGGUUAUGCAAUUAUUGAAUCCCAAUUUCAAUUGCUACAACGGACUGUUCCACUGCUCAAGUCGUAGCUUUUUCCCUUUUGCUUCAUGGUCAUGGAUGAACUUAGCCCUAGUAGUACUACUCAAACUGAUACCAGUGAUUCCCCUCACUCUGACAACCACCAGUCAUUGGGGUUUCAUUGGCGCCCUAAAAAUUCGCUCUUUACUUCCUAUGAAACUCCCAACCAAACAUCACAAUCUCUCCGAGUCCUCGUCAGAAGACCUUUGGUGUCAAGACUAACCAAGGACAUAGUUGAAACAUACCAAAUAUGCAAUCCACAAUUUAAGUAUUCAGAAGAAUUGAAUCCAAAGAGAUAUUUGACCUCCCCAUCCAUUGGAGUUUCCAAUGAUGGGCAUGAUAAUUCGAACUCGGAUUUGAUUCUCACAGUGAACCAUGCCAUAGUUAAUUCGGAUACACAACAAAGGUAUGUUGUUAAAGAUGUCCUUGGCCAUGGCACAUUUGGGCAGGUGGCGAAAUGCUGGAUUUCGGAUAAUGAAGCUUUUGUGGCUGUGAAGAUCAUUAAGAAUCUACCAGCAUACUAUCAACAGGCAUUGGUAGAAGUAUCUCUUUUGAGAACGCUAAAUAAGCAUUAUGAUCCCGAGGAUAAGCAUCACAUUGUUCGUAUUUACGAUUACUUUGUUUUUCAACGUCACUUGUGCAUUUGCUUUGAACUUCUUGACACAAACCUGUAUGAGCUUAUCAAGAUGAAUCAUUUUAGGGGGCUGUCACUGAGCAUUGUUCAGUUGUUCGGAAAACAGAUUCUAUGUGGAUUGGCCCUGUUAAAAGAUGCUGGAAUAAUUCAUUGUGAUCUGAAGCCAGAAAAUAUACUCUUGUGUCCAAGCAGUGUUAAGCCAGCAGAAAUUAAAAUUAUAGACUUUGGAUCAGCGUGCAUGGAGAAUCGCACUGUUUACUCCUACAUCCAGAGUCGCUACUACAGGUCUCCUGAAGUUGUUCUUGGGUAUCAAUAUUCCACUUACAUUGAUAUGUGGUCCUUUGGAUGUAUACUUGCUGAAUUGUUUUUAGGUUUGCCGUUAUUCCCAGGGGCCUCAGAGUUUGAUCUUUUACGAAGAAUGGUUAGGAUACUCGGAGGACAACCCCCUGAUUAUAUACUUAAAGAGGCGAAAAACACAAGCAAGUUUUUUAAGUGUGUUGGGAGCAUCCACAGUACAGAGAAUGGGAGUGUGUAUCAAGCAUUAACAGAAGAAGAAUAUGAAGCUAGAGAAGCAAAAAAGCCAGCCCUCGGUAAAGAGUAUUUCAAUUUUAAGAACCUUGAAGAAAUUAUCACUAGCUACCCAUAUAAAAAGAACUUGAAUGAGGAGGAGAUCAUUAAAGAAAGUCAAACACGUUUUGCCUUGAUUGAUUUGUUGAGGGGACUUCUGGAGUUUGAUCCUGCAAAGCGGUGGUCACCAUUUCAGGCUUCAAAACACCCUUUUUUAACAGGAGAACCUUUCACAUCUCGGUUCAUACCUCCACCAGAGAACCCACGAGUGCCUGUUUCUCAAAAUAUCCGAGUUGACCAUCAUCCUGGUGGAGGGCAUUGGUUUGCUGCCGGUCUCUCUCCUAAUAUUUCAAGUGGGAACAGAGUUCCUGUGCACGGUAGCCCACAUUUCCAAAUGGUACCACCGUACACAGCUAAUAGUUAUGGCAGUAUGGGAAGCUACGGUAGCUACAACGAUAGUACGGGGUUAGGAAGCAGCUACGGGAGUUAUGGAGAUUCAAGUAAUAUGUUUGCAUAUUGUUCACCUGUCGGUCCAUCUGGCAUGAACAUGCAUGCACCAGGAAAUAUGUCAGUACUUGGAAGUAGUCCCGAUGCAAGACGGAGAAUGGUUCAAUAUUCACAUGGGAAUGCACUUGGUGUAAGUCCAUCGACUGGGAGCUUUGCUCCACUUCCCCUCGGCACCAGUCCCUCGCAAUUCACUCCACCAACCUCUUACGCUCAAGUGCCAACUGGCUCUCCUGGACAUUAUGGUCCGACUUCUCCAGCAAGGGGAAGUUGUCAUGGAUCGCCUUUAGGAAAGAUGACUGCUGUCAACCAGUAUAACAGAAGAAAAAGUUGGGGAUAUCCCGCGAGCUCUCAAGAGAGUUCAUCUUCAAAUUGGCAAGGGCAAUCUAAUGAUGGCACCAACUAUAGCCAAUCCGAGGGCACCUCUCAAUUACCUGGCGGUUCACCAUCUCAUCUACAUUCAAAUUCUAAUGCUGUAAGGUGGAAGCAACAUGGAGGAAGCAGUGGUAUCUCUACCGGUUACUCUGCUCAGAGCGUGCCAAGCUACAUUGGCCACAGUUCCAAUUUGCAAUAUUCACAAACAGCAGCAGGAGUUAAUCAUAAUCAUGAUAAGCACGAUAAUAGCCUGACAUUGCCUGAUCCAGGUGACUGGGAUCCCAAUUACAGUGAAGAACUUCUUCUCCAAGAGGAUGGGUCAGAUUUGGCCAGCAUCACUGCUGAUUUCAGCAACGGUAUGGAUCUUGGUUCUGUAGAACCAUUGGUUGGUCAUGGAAGAAUUAACCAUCCGUCAAGUACUAGCUCGAGUAUGCCUUUCCAGAGACAAAACAACGGGCAUGUUCAAUCAUUUGACGAAGCACAUGCUGGAUAUUCACGUGUGGCAUCUAAACCUUCUCAUUGGAUGCCUCAUAAUAAUUCACAAACUUCACCAAGCCGUUUGGGCCAGCAACAUCAGCGGUUCAAUCACGGGUCUCACGGGAGACCCAUCAAUACAAGUAGAGGUAACGACUGGAAUCAUUCGAAGGUCCUACCGCCUUCUUCCAGUUAUAAUCCUGGAGCAGCAGGGGGAACAACACAUGGCACAUUUAACAAUGGCGUCUCGUGGGGGCGUAGGGUCAAUCAUCCUGUCUCGAGCAUUCCACCAACAUCUCGUGGAAGAAAAGACUAUGGAAGGAUUGCCUAAGUUGGGAGUAGACUUAGUGUUUGAUGAGAGGGAUCGGAUUGUGUUUUUCAUGUUAAACGAGAAUGUCGUUGAUAGUAUUUCACCCGAGUAGUGUGGUCCGAGGCUAAGAAAAAAAUCGUCGUCUCAUCUAAGUUGGGAGACCACAAUCAUUCAUUAAGCACUCACGCACACAUAAUACAUAGGCAUAAAUAUUAUAUGGUUAAUGAUUUGCUAAUUGUCCUAGUAGUCGGGUGCGUGUUGUGUUGUGUUGUGCUCGUGCAAUCAAUCAAUCGAUCGAUAUAUAUUCUUUUUCACUGUGAUCCUUCAAUGGGCGUCGUCGAGUUCUGUAAUUCUGUUUAUGCUUGAAACAAGUAUAAUUUAUUUUUAUGGUUAAUGUUUGCCUCUC